UCGAAGGGACACGAGGAGAAGGAGGAGGCGAACGAGGAGACAGAGAAGGAGGCGGCACGAGCCCGCAGUCGUCGAGCUGGCGGCUGCCAGGAGCCGCUGCAGGAUCCCGCCGGUCGCGGCGAGUCGGAUCGCGAUGCUGGAUUUCCGUCGGAGAGCCAUGACGAACGCGUCGAACGGAACAACGACCGGGUCGCGAACGAGCUCGAGCCUGAUCGGGACGACGGAACUGAUCUUGGGAACGCGGACCACGACGUUCAGCGCGACAACGAGCACGAGCAAUAGCCAGAGCAAACAGAGCGGACUGAGGAAAACGAGCAAACAGAGUAAACAGAACGCAAGCGGUACAAGGACAAGCGCGAUCGCACUAGCAGUUGGCCCGAAGAAAACGAGGUCGGCGACGAUGACGUGCCUACCGAGAAACGAACAAGAGAAGAUGAAAGCGACCGGCUUGUCUGAGAUCGUGGCUACGUCGACGCUGCUGGCGGUAGUUGUUGCGAUCGGCGAUCUCGCAGUUUUUCGCUCGUACGGUCUCGGGCCAUCGAACGGCUGGUAGCGUGGAGGCAACCGUCGCUCGCUCUCCGUGUUCUUCUCGUCGUUUUUACUCCCGUCGUCGAAAGCAGUGUGCUGUUGUUGUGCCGUCCGGAUCUCUUUUCGGGCGCUAUUAUCGUUAUCAUUCGUAUCUUCCGGUAGUGCUCCGCGUCAGGUGGGUGUUGGUGUGUUGGUGCGCCGUCUACCGUUAUUUUCAACGUGUCACGAGUUUACGUCCGCCGCUACUGCCGGCCGGCCGGUUGGUUGGUCGGCCGCUCGGUCCAUCGUUUCGAUAGCCGCGUACCCGCAGUGCGGUCGACUCUCGGCUGACUACGAGGGCCUGGUAUAUCCGGUCGCGCGCGCGUCUCGCGUCUCGCGUCUCGCUCUAUCGGCUCCGCUGUGACUGCUGGCCAACGACCACGGCGACGACCGCGACGGUUGCGUGUCCGGUUUUCACCCGCGACCUUUCACGACCACCACCACCACGACUAUCUUAGACGCGACGACGGUCACGGUGGCAGCCGCUACGACCGCGACGACGUCGAUUACGUGGGGGAUAUGUGCGGGUGCGCCACGUCCACGCGACGAGGACUGGGGACUGCUGCGGGUAAAUCGGCACGGCGCACCGAGUCCUCGUGCUCGCUACACAGGACGCCUGGGAUACGGUAGCUCGUCCUUCACCGUUACUUCUCAUCGACGCCCGCGGGCAAUGUGCCCACCCGCCGGCAAAGCAACGGGUGGACAAGGCGUACGAUGCUUAGGGAUGCUUGGUCGAACAACGGUGGGAAAGGCUGGUGCCGAUGGUGGUCCAGGCUGGGCGGAUUGCUGGCGAUGGCGACGGCCAUAUCCUGUCUUGUUGCCCCGUUUCCGGGUGCCUCGGCCAAUCCGGAAGCGAAGCGUCUCUACGAUGACCUGCUGUCGAACUACAACCGCCUCAUCCGCCCUGUUGGCAACAACAGCGAUUGCCUUACUGUCAAAAUGGGACUACGCCUCUCCCAGCUCAUCGACGUUAACCUGAAGAACCAGAUCAUGACGACGAACGUUUGGGUGGAACAAGAGUGGAACGAUUAUAAGUUGAAGUGGAACCCGGACGACUAUGGCGGUGUCGACACCCUCCACGUGCCGUCGGAGCAUAUAUGGCUGCCGGACAUUGUUCUUUACAACAACGCCGACGGCAACUACGAGGUGACCAUUAUGACCAAGGCAAUUUUGCACCAUACGGGGAAGGUCGUGUGGAAACCGCCGGCGAUCUAUAAAUCAUUCUGCGAGAUCAACGUGGAGUACUUUCCCUUUGACGAGCAGACUUGCUUCAUGAAGUUUGGUUCGUGGACUUACGACGGGUACACGGUCGACCUCCGGCACCUGGCCCAGACCGAGGAGUCGAACCGUAUCGACGUCGGCAUCGACCUGACCGACUACUACAUUUCCGUCGAGUGGGACAUCAUAAAAGUGCCUGCCGUGAGGAACGAGGCGUUCUACAUAUGCUGCGAGGAACCGUUCCCGGAUAUCGUGUUCAAUAUUACGCUGCGCCGCAAGACCCUGUUCUACACGGUGAACCUGAUCAUACCGUGCGUAGGCAUAUCGUUCCUGUCGGUGCUGGUGUUCUACCUGCCGAGCGACAGCGGCGAGAAAGUGUCGCUUUCAAUCUCGAUCCUGCUCUCGCUGACGGUGUUCUUCCUGCUGCUGGCCGAGAUCAUACCACCCACGUCGCUGACGGUGCCGUUGCUCGGCAAGUACCUGCUGUUCACUAUGGUGCUGGUCACGUUGUCCGUGGUGGUGACGAUCGCCGUGCUGAACGUGAACUUUCGCUCGCCCGUCACCCAUCGGAUGGCCAAGUGGGUGCGGGUCGUGUUCAUUCAAGUGUUGCCGCGGUUCCUUCUGAUCGAGAGGCCUGGAAAGGACGACGAUGACGAUAAGGACGAGGACGAGGCCAGGAACGGCGGGAUCGGCGUGAUCGGCGUAAACGCGGACGGCGAGCCGGUCGACGACGAGGAUGAGGAUGACGAGGACGACGACGACGACGACGACGACGUCGAGGCGGCCAACGGGAAAGCUACCGAUGGCAUGCUCACCGAUGUGUUCCAUGUACAAGAGACUGAUAAGUACGACGCGUACUACGGCAAGAGGUUCAGCGGCGAGUACGAGAUACCCUCCCACGGGUUGCCACCCUCCGCGACCAGGUAUGACCUCGGGGCCGUGGCCACCGUGGGGACCGUCGCGCCCUGUUUCGAGGAGCCCCUGCCCGCGCUGCCACUGCCCGGGGCUGACGACGACCUCUUCGGCCCGGCCAGCCCCGCUUACGUUCACGAGGACGUCAGCCCUACUUUCGAGAAGCCGUUGGUCCGCGAGAUCGAGAAGACCAUCGACGACGCCAGGUUCAUUGCCCAACACGCCAAGAACAAGGACAAGUUUGAGAGUGUGGAGGAGGACUGGAAGUACGUCGCGAUGGUCCUCGACCGGAUCUUCCUCUGGAUAUUCACGGUGGCUUGCGUGGUCGGCACGGUGUUGAUUAUCUUCCAAGCGCCGAGUCUUUACGACACGACGAAGCCGAUCGACAUCAAGUACAGUAAGAUCGCGAAGAAGAAGAUGAUGCUGAUGAACAUGGGUCCCGAGGAGGACUAGUCGACGAUUCCGCGCGGCCUCGCGCCGCGUCGUCGUCGACGCCGUCGUCGGCGUCAUCAUCGUCUUUGCCUCUGUCAUCGUCGUCGUCGUCGUCGUCGCCGUCGUCGUCAUCGUCAUCCUCGUCGUCACCGUCGCCGACGCCGUCAACGUCGUCCAGUAGACGCCGCCCGCCAUCGAAACUGCCGAUUUUCGCGUCGACGCGGAGAAGGACCCUCUCUCGAUCGCCGCUGCUGCUGCCAGACAUGAGUGUCCCCCGACGCACAGUCCGGGGACAGAACGAAACGAACGAACGAAAAGUUGCGCGCGAGCCGAACCGGAGAAAGGGGAUUGUCAGUCGUGCGACGAUGAUUCGUUCGGGUGACUGGUUCGUCGUUCUCAUCGGCGAAUCCGGUAUAUCCGAGUAUCCGUGGCGUGGAUCUGUCCCUCUCCGAACUAUGGACCUAGGGUCGCCUAGGGAUAUCUCCGUGACGAACUCUUCGAAACAGAGAGAGAGAGGGAGAGGGAGGGAGAGAGAGAGAGAGAAAGAGAGAGAGAGAGAGAGAGAGAGAG